UGGCUGGCGUGGCUCAGUACGACACGCGGAAUUGGCGAACCUUGAGGAAGAAGGGAGGUUCUGUAGAAUUCAGCACCGGCGAGGUCUGUAAGUCCGAACAGGGGUCGGCGACGUCCAGACCACCGCCUGCCUUGCGGAAGGGUUCUCAUCCUGAACCCACUUUUGCGGUCCGCUCACCUCCACUGGUUUCCAAGUCAAAUAGUAAAUUACUUGAAUAGUAGUGAGGAGGGUACUGCUACUCUACGGCGUGAUCAGGCUGGAGCAGAGGAGGGAUGAUUGUGAACAAUCUCUCACUGUGCUACCACAACAAACUCAUCUUAGCUCCUAUGGUUCGGGUAGGGACUCUCCCAAUGCGGCUGCUGGCCCUGGACUAUGGAGCGGACAUCGUGUACUGUGAGGAGCUGAUCGACCUCAAGAUGCUUCAGUGCAAGAGAGUUGUCAAUGAGGUGCUCAGCACAGUGGACUUUGUUGCCCCGGAUGAUCGAGUCAUUUUCCGCACCUGCAAAAGAGAGCAGAGCAGGGUCGUCUUCCAGAUGGGGACUUCGGACGCAGAGCGAGCCCUCGCCGUGGCCAGACUUGUAGAAAAUGACGUGGCUGGAAUUGAUGUCAACAUGGGCUGUCCAAAAGAGUAUUCCACCAAGGGAGGAAUGGGAGCUGCUCUGCUGUCAGAUCCUGACAAGAUCGAGAAGAUCCUCAGUACUCUUGUUAAAGGGACACGCAGACCUGUGACCUGCAAGAUUCGCAUCCUACCAUCGCUGGAAGACACCCUGAGCCUUGUGAAGCGGAUAGAGAGCACCGGCAUUGCUGCCAUCGCAGUUCACGGGAGGAAGCGGGAGGAGCGACCUCAACACCCUGUCAACUGUGAAACCAUCAAAGCCAUUGCCGAAACCCUCUCCAUUCCCGUCAUAGCCAAUGGAGGAUCUCACGACCAUAUCAAAGAUUAUUUGGACAUGGAGGACUUUCGACAAGCUACAGCAGCCUCUUCAGUGAUGGUGGCCCGAGCUGCCAUGUGGAACCCAUCCAUCUUCCUCAAGGAGGGCCUGAGGCCUCUGGAGGAGGUCAUGCGGAAGUACAUCCGAUACGCUGUGCAGUACGACAACCACUACACCAACACCAAGUACUGCUUGUGUCAGAUGCUACGAGAACAGCUGGAGUCGCCCCAGGGAAAGCUGCUCCACGCUGCCCAGUCUUCCCAGGAAAUUUGUGAGGCUUUUGGCCUUGGUACGUUCUAUGAAGAGACCACACGAGAACUGGACUCCCGGCGGGCUGAGUUCUUGGCCAGGACCCCAGAGGAGGUGAGGGAGCCAGCAGAAGACCCCUCUGGUGUCAUUAAGAUGGCUGUCAAGUUUGACCGGAGAGCAUACUCUCCCCAGAUCACCCCCAAGACGUGCUUGUUGGAAUGGUGCCGGAGGGAGAGGUUGGCACAACCUGUGUAUGAAACGAUUCAACGCCCCCUGGAUCGGCUCUUCUGUUCUGUUGUCACUGUUGCUGAGCAAAAGUACCAGUCCACCUUGUGGGACAAGUCUAAGAAACUGGCGGAGCAGGCUGCAGCCAUCGUCUGUCUACGGAGCCAGGGCCUCCCUGAGGGUCGGCUGGGUGAGGAGAGCUCCUCCUUUCACAAGCGUAAGCGAGAGGCACCUGACCAAGACCCUGGGGACCCCAGAGCUCAGGAGCCAGCAGUGCCUGGGGAUCUGUGCAAGAAGCCCUUCGUAACUUUGGGAAGUAGUAAAGAGAGCCCUCUGGAAGGCUGGUGACCACCGUCUGUACCCUGGUCAUCACCGCCUCGCCGCAGGCCUGGCCCUAAGAUGACUGUGGGUACAGAGCAUAAACUAGAUACUGUUGGACAGUUUGCUGCCCCUGCCUGACAGGUGUCGAGAACUUCUGGCCUGGCCCAUCAGCCUGGAACAUGGGCCAAGGGGUGCCCAGAAUGCCCAUCUCUCUUGGUCAGUUUUAGUAGCAGGGCCAAGUUCCCGGUGACCUCCGUAUUUUCUUUGAAAACGGGCUUUUUCAGUAGUACCUCCCUCAUCUGACAUUGGUAUAGUGCAAUAAACUCUCACCCACAGCUGGCUGCUUCAGCCUCGGGCAUCUUCACAUACGGACUGGUGGAUGACCUGGCAUAAUUAUUCUACUCUUACCCUCCUUGAAGAGCUGGAGCUUCCUAAAAAGUCUAUCUCCUACCUAUCCUUACAAGUCUGGGUGGAGGUGGGGGGCACGAUAUCACCUUUAGUGCAUGAUGGGCUUGAGCCGAGCCAGGAAGGCCCAAGAAGCCCAUUCUCCUGAUGACAAACCUGAGACAAUGGCCAGCAGUUGGCUUUCCUGAUGAGAGACGAUAUGGAAUCUGGGGGAACAAUUGGGGUAUCUGGACCUACUCAGGCAAGCUGGGAGUGCUGAGUGAGCCCAGCUGCCUGGAGCUAACACCUACAAAGUGUCUGCUCUGGGCAGAAGACUUUGGAGACUGCUGAUGACAACAAUUUGGGGCCCUUGCGAUUGCCUGCCCACGCCACCUCCCACCCCCACCAUCCGGUUUGAGCCGGAAGUGGCAGAUUCUCUUUAAUUUCCUCCUGGCAGUGAGAAGCAAACAAACGGGCUACCACAACUCAGCUUGUGGGGCCACCCCCGCUUAUUGGGAGGGGCAUUCUGACCAAAGGUCCCUGCGCUUCCUUAGCUGUAAACAUGCUGCUUCUCCUCCCCUUUUCCAAGCUCUGUGGGCAGAGGGGAGUCCCCUCUGGGCCAAGGCCAUGCUCCUUGCAUCACCCCAAGGUCAGGCCCCUGCGCCAGCCAGUAGCCCCUGGCCCUUCGGGCUUGACUCAAGGGUUGGGUUAGUGAGGCCUCUGUCUCAGUCCUGGACCGCUACAUUGCUCUUCUGUGUGGAGAUAAGGAUGCCGUACCAACAGUGGCCUUCCAGAGUCCAUGGCUAUUUGGACUUUGGCAGGUCACUUCUAGUCCCCUCUGGGGCCAAGGGCCCUCCUCUGAGAAUAGGGUCAGCUGUUCUCUGCCUGCUGGAGGCCGGCUGGAGGAUAAACAGGCUAGUCCUGUGAUAGGACACUGCCAUGCUGAGCCUGCCCUCACUGUCCAGACGAGUGCUCUUAGAAAAGGGACCCCACCCAGGAGAGCGAAUGAGGCUUUGUCUGGUCUCAGCCAUCAAGCUUUAGGCACAAUUUACUUCUGAUUUUUCCAACAGGAAAUUGUUUUAGUCAAAAUGCCCCUUUGUCAUUUCUUAUACCCCAAUGGGAACAGGGCAGAUAGCGAGGCCCCCGUAGAAGCUCCCCAGGCAUCCUGAGCCAGUCAGAGCUUAUAGGAAAACCCUUAUGGGGUAGGUACCCAGUCUUGAGAUCUACUUCCCCAGGGGGGUUGGGCUUUGUCCUCCAGUUUCUGCCUACUGUUGUGCUUUCCCAGGGAAACCUCUUCUCUGGCAGUGUCAGAUUCCUUUCUAGACUAUGGAGAAGGAGAUGCAGGGGUAAAGGUCAGUUACUAAGAGGAUGGACUGUGGGGACUUUGAGGGCCCAGGAGAAGUAUUGAGGAGAAGGUCAUUCACAGGGGAGCUGAGGAGAAGGUCAUUCACAGGGGAGCAGGUAGGUAGGGGCUAGUGUGUGUUCCAUGAGUAAGGAUGUCUGACAAAGAUCCUAGUUGAAUAUGCUGGGUCACAAAUGGUUUCACUUUAGCAUACCUCAGAGAUGCUCGCCUUGGUCUCAGAGUGACUUACCUAAGACCUGGCACUAACUGGAGGGCUCAGUCAGGUCUGAAAGCUCCAUCCACUGUUCUCACCUUGCCCGCCUUAAACUAAGGCUCCUUAGACACCCAAACCCGUCUCUGGGCUAGUGGCCACAACACUUAUCUAUCCAUUCCAACUGUCUUGAUUGAAGACUUCCUCUUAACUCAUCACAUUUUGAGGACAAAUGGUUUUAAUAUGAAUGGGAGAGGGAGGGAUGAGUAAGGCUAGAGAGGGUGGCAGGUCUUCUAAAGACCACAACAAGAAGACGGGACUUUGUCCGAUGAAUGGGGAACUUCUUACCCUUGUAGUCCUGUACUCUUAGUUCCUUCUAGGUGUCCCAAUUGUUCAGAACUCUUCCAUGGCUCUCCGCUGCCCUCUGGAUCGAGUCCAAACUCCUUAGCCUAGCAUUAGAGGACAAAUGAAGUAGCCUGUGCUGACUUCAGCAACUGAUUGUCUUGGAUUGUAGACUGGAGCUGCUCAAGGGCAGUCCUUGUGUCCCCUAUGGCCAGCCUUAUCAUGGGGGUGGGGAGCAGGCACAGAAGUAUCAAACAGGAGCUUGAGGGGAAGGGAUGUGUGGCAUGGAGAGGAAGUCUUCUAAACUCGGACUUUCCUCCAAGGCUCCUGUUUCUUCUAAUGUGGAACAAGCCUGGUUGGACUGGGCUAAAGCAUAUCAUCCCAUGGCUCUGAGGCCAUAAGGAGAGCCUUCAACAGUGUGGGGCUCAGAGCUAAGUUUGGGGCAGCUGAUGAAAUAGAUGGCUUUCUCCAGACCUCAGGCCUGGCUGGCAUUCACACAGGAGAGGGGGCAUACAGGGACCUGCACAGCUGGCCCAGUCUAGGGUUCUAUGCAUUGCACUGGUCCCCUGGGCUUCCAGGUUUCCCAGGACUCUCAGAAGGCUGGAGGUCAGUCAAAUGGCCUCCAGCCAUCUAAAAGAGCUUUGGAGCUGGCCUGAGGUAGAGCUCAUGGGGGAAGUCCUGCCCUAAUUGAGGAAAAGGGGUGGAGUCAGUUUUUGUAUUGGUCUAUGUACGGGCAGGUGGGGUCCUGUCACAACCUGCAGAGUUUCCAGUCAUUGCUGCCUUUCUUAUAAAAGUGGUGACAUUCUUCCUAAAGUUGGUGCCCACCCCUAGCCCACCCUCAUCACUCCAUGGUAGAAUUCUCAGUUUCCUCCAGACUAGAAACCUUCCCCAAGACAUGAGCCCUUAUAAGUUUCUACAGUGGCUAUAGUUUUUACAGCUACAUCACCCAGCAUUUGAUGAAUGGGUUAAUUUUUCAAGCCAUCUACAGCUUCUGUGGUCCCUUCCUAGCCGUGGGACUGACAGGCCCUGUCUCCCUCUUGUCUUUUCCCUGGCCUGGCUGGUUGAGUCCCUGGUUCAGGUAAAGUCCUGUCCAGAGGACAGAGAGGCUAAAUAAAGGUCCAUUUUCUCCGAGAGAUGAUAACCUCAGAGAGAUGUGUAUGGGAACAGGGGCACACAUCCUGAAAUUGCAUUGUUUUACGGGGAAGGGAAGGUAAGUUGGACAACCUUCCGGAGUCUUUUACUAUACUGGGGUCAUGGUACAUGUGGUACUAAUUGGCAGGCCAGCCAUCUGCUGGGGCAGAAGCCUGCAAAGAUAGCGCGGCUUUUGGCCUCUAAGUUCUACACUCAGUCCCUCAAGGUUGGAGAUCCUUUGAAAGCAGCACAGCUUAUUGGGAGGAUGUCACACCCACUUAAUGCCAUUUGUUACCCUCUCCUACCUCUAACCCCCCACCGCUCCCAGUUCAAUCAGGUGUGAUUCAGAUUUCUGAAUAUGGAGGUACCCUGCUCUAAACCCUUCUGUGUCUCCCUACCGCCCUCAGGAUAAAGUCUGUAUACGUUGCAGUGUGGCUUGCAGUUCAUUCACCUGACCUAACCUUUGAUUUCCUACUGCAGUUACUUUUGGUCUCCAAGUCCUUGAAAAAUCUGUUGUCUAGAACCAUCUCCCUUAACUCUUGUCCAUCUCUCCAAUUUGUAAUUAGCCCUGUGGAGGAUUUGUAGCCACCGGGAUUACGAACCUCUGAGCACAUGGCACAGCCCUAAUCUCUGCACAGUGAUUAUAGAUUUGCUGGCCUCUCCCCAACCUCUAAAGGGAGACUAAUUUAGCUCUGCGUUCCAACUGGGUUCCCGCGUUGCAACGCGCUUGUAAGGGAUGUUACGUCCCGUGGGACCCGGAGCUACGGGAGUUGGUCACCACCUCUCCCAGCUUCCCGUCCAACCUGCGCCUCAGAGCACCUGUAAGUAAGUAAGUAAACAAGCCUGGCUCGUUUUCCCCUGGCACGUCCUCUAUCACUAUCCCCAGAAGGAGGCUGUCUUGGGUAGUCUCAGAAGACAGGCUUGCUGAGGGGGUUCACGAGUGAAAACGGUUCCUUAGUGCCAAUUCCCUACUAACUCUGUUUGGGUAACAUGAUCCCUCCCGCUUUCUUUUGUACUUGGACGCAUAAGUCACGACGGGCUUUUCAACUUCCAGCAGGGAUAGGCCGUGCCCCUCAGGCUUUGCCGAGGCCUCGAAUGAGCGGUCCUCCAGGGAGCAGCUGCCAGGCCGGCGCCUAGGGGCAGACAAAGGUUCAGCCAGCUAAGUGACGCACCCGCCCGGUAGGGUGGGUCUAUGAGACUCGUAGUGCGGCCUAGGUCUCUGGCUCCGCCCCACCCUAGGUCUGGUCCCCGCCUUCUCGAGACCCUACCAUUAGGCUUGGGGUCGGGUGUGAGGGUUUGAGUGGAGCACACGUAACCGUCCGAGGCCCUGACACCUUAACCAAGCCAUGUAAUACGCAUAAGCACAGACCCAUGAGCUCAGGGCUCUGGCGCACCUUCCCCGACGUGUACUACGGCCCAAUAAGGGAAGGGAUUUUUUCCGAUUGGCCAGUGAUGGGCUCCACAACCCAUUUAGAGAUACCGACUUUACACCCGGGUGCGCGGGCCCGGUUUAGAAGUUGAGAAAGGAAUAGAGGCCAAACUACGACUCCCAAGAGGUA